UGACCUCCUAUUUCAGCGCUGUCUGGCUUUCUUCGGCUCACGCUAACAAAUUAAAUAGCGCACCUUUGGCUAGACUUCUUUUAAUCCUCUUAUUUGUGUACAAAUUGGGAGAAAGCACACUACUACCUGGCACGAUGUUGGCUACGGUUCGCAAGCAACUUAGGAGCCACCCGGCUCUGAUUCCACUCUUCUUCUUCAUCGGUGGGGGGACAGUCAUGUCAUUGAUGUACCUUGCUCGUCUGGGGCUGAGAAACCCGGACGUCUGCUGGGAUCGCAAGAACAACCCCGAGCCCUGGAACAAGAUGGCCCCCACUGAUCAGUACAAGUUCUUUGCAGUGAACAUGGACUACAGCAAACUGAAGAAGCAAGGGCCCGAUUUCUAAAGCGUCUCUCGUCUGCCGGACCAAAACGCACAAGCACACUGGUCAUGUUGGGAUGCCACAUUCAUAUUUAAGCUUCCUCAUUGCAUACCCUUUCAUUUGAAACUCCUCUCGUCUUCAGUUUUUGGGUGUGUGACAAUAAAGUGAAAGGAGUCUUUUCUCCUUUUGAUAA